UUAAAAGCAAAAUUAAGUACAAGAAAAAGGAAUUGUGUUUCUGAAUUAGUUCCUAACUUCAGUGUUUUGGGUUAAGCUCUAGCUAGCCUCGGCAUGAUAUUAAAUCACCUGAAAACAUGUGCAUAUUUUUUCCCUUCUGAAAUGCAGCCCCCAUCCCUAAGAAGUGCUGGAUAAAGGGAGGACUGUGCUCAUUUACUUCACUGCUACACUUGAUAAAUGCCUUCUGUUCUGUUGUUUCAUACUGUUUCUCCACAGCAUCCCUGUCUAACAGGAACAGUAGAUUUUUCUCUUAUUCCUGUUUCUCUUUUGCUUUUUCUUUCCUCGGAGGAGAGUCAGCUGCUAUUUCUUCCUCUGUCUCUGACCAUGCUCCUUGCCUUCCUGCCCACUGUCAGUGUUUGUGCUGUCCUUGCCGAUUUCCUGCUCCUUUUUCCUUGUCUGACUGGGCAGGAUUCUGUGUGCGGGCACAGAUGAGGUGUUAUCUUGGCGGAGGGGACUCUGGUGCCAGCAGCAACUUCUGCUCCUCUUUGUGGCUCUGCUGACGCAUUGAGGUUCUGCAUUUGCAUGUUUUCCCCCUUCCUGCUUUCUAGUUUCUUUUAAGAUCAGUAGCUUUCAGCUUAUUGAGCAACAUACCACACAGAUUUUGCCAGUUGACCCAGGUGCAGAAAACUUUCUUAACACGUUGGCUUUGUGACAGAAGCAUAGGUUUAAGAAAAGAAAUUAAGAAAUGACCCUAUUGGGAUUUCUUUCUGAACUGUGUACUGUCAGUUUGUGUAGGAAAUAGGCAGCAUGGCCUCGCUGUUGUUAGUCACAGGAGUUGACUCUUGCUUGGGACUGGAAAGUAAUUGCUGAACGUGGUGCUGUUUUUGUCAUCCUGGCAGUGGAAAAUGUAGAUACCAGGCCAAAAACCUAGUGCUGUAUUUUUUUCAGUAGCAUGACUUAGGAUUUUGUUCUAAAUUUUAUUACUGAACAUAUUUAAUAGCAAGCAUGAAAUAGAGUGGGUUUAGGUCUUCAGUGCUGUAGGAACGUAGCUAGGUGUUUUUUGUCAAUGCAUACUUUUAUAUCUCUGUAUUACAUUGAACUUUCACUUGAACGUUGUCAAAAAGAUGACCUAAAGAUGAUGCAAAGGUUUUCCAGCUCAUGUCUCAGUGCUUUUUAGGUUCAGGGACUGUGCUUGAAUGUUUUUUCAGUAACUGUAGACAGCUGAUGAUGAGGGCAGUAACAUUUGUUUUUAGGCAGACAUUUCAGUCUGGUGCAGAUAGUGCAGAAACAUGUCUAUGGCUUCAUGCUCUAGGUAGGAACUCAGACGUUAUUUCAGGGUGAACAAAAUGAAGUGAUAGUGAUGGAUAAGAUGUCAGAAAGGGCUGUGCUUUGUAUUUAUUGAAAUGCCUUUGCAUAGUGGUACAUAUAUAUACAGGUAUUUCUGGAUUCUGGGAUUGUAAUGUCUUUGGACAUGUGGCAUGGCAGCUCUGACAGUACCAUUUGAAAAUUGGACAAAGCAGCAGAAGGCUGCAGUAUCAGAUGUCACUAGUAGAUUUGGGAAAGAAACUUCUAGAAGCUGCACGAGCGGGACAAGAUGAUGAGGUUCGCAUUCUGAUGGCCAAUGGAGCACCUUUUACCACAGAUUGGUUGGGAACAUCUCCACUUCAUCUGGCAGCACAGUAUGGACACUACUCAACGACGGAGGUGCUGCUGCGUGCAGGUGUAAGUCGAGAUGCCAGAACAAAAGUGGACAGAACGCCGUUACAUAUGGCAGCUUCAGAAGGCCAUGCCAACAUAGUAGAAGUCUUACUUAAGCAUGGUGCUGAUGUCAAUGCUAAGGACAUGCUCAAGAUGACUGCACUUCACUGGGCUACUGAACAUAACCACCAAGAAGUUGUGGAACUCUUAAUAAAGUAUGGAGCAGAUGUUCACGCUCAGAGUAAAUUUUGCAAAACUGCAUUGGACAUUGCAAUAGACAAUGGGAAUGAAGACCUUGCAGAAAUAUUACAGAUUGCAAUGCAGAACCAAAUCAAUACGAAUCCGGAGAGUCCAGAUACUGUGACAAUACAUGCAGCAACACCACAAUUCAUCAUUGGACCUGGAGGGGUGGUGAACUUAACAGAUGAGACAGGAGUAUCUGCUGUGCAGUUUGGAAAUUCAUCGACGUCAGUAUUAGCCACAUUAGCAGCUUUAGCAGAAGCAUCAGCUCCACUGUCUAAUUCUUCAGAAACACCAGUUGUGGCAACAGAAGAAGUGGUGACUGCAGAAUCUGUGGAUGGUGCUAUUCAGCAAGUUGUCAGUUCUGGAGGACAGCAAGUUAUUACUAUAGUUACAGAUGGCAUUCAGCUUGGUAAUCUGCAUUCAAUUCCAACCAGUGGAAUAGGGCAACCAAUAAUCGUGACCAUGCCAGAUGGGCAGCAAGUAUUAACAGUUCCAGCAACAGAUAUUGCUGAAGAAACAGUGAUAAGUGAAGAACCACCAGUCAAGAGACAGUGCAUUGAGAUUGUUGAAAAUCGUGUGGAGUCUGCAGAAAUAGAAGAAAGAGAAACUCUCCAGAAGCAACUGGAUGAGGCAAACAGAGAAGCACAAAAAUACCGUCAGCAGCUUCUGAAGAAAGAGCAAGAAGCAGAGGCCUAUCGACAGAAGUUAGAGGCAAUGAAUCGCCUCCAGACUAAUAAAGAAGCUGUUUAAUAAAAAAGAACAUACUGCAAAGCCUGUUACUUUCAAAAACCUGCAGUACAAUCUUGAACUGUUCUCUGUAUAGGUGCAGACACAGGAUUACAUGAUAGAGAAGAUGCUACAAGUCGAUAACUGGACUUAAGCCGUGAGCUCUGAUGAAUUUCUUGUAACAUAAAAACUCUGAAUUUAGAAAUUGUGAAAAGUAUUUAAAAUGAAAUACUGUAAAUAGUUGUUUUUUUUACAGUUUCAAAAUGAGUUGAUAAAUCUUUUUGAAGGGAUCCAGAAACACGAAGCCAAUGUUUUUGUGAAAUUUUUGAUUUUAAUAUGAAUCUAACUUCUGAAAAACAGAACAGUUUUAAGGGUGAUGCUGAUUCAUCUGACAACUUGAAAAUGAAUUAUGUGACAAAAGGAAUUAACAGUUAUUUCUACAUGGUAACAACUUCUCUGAAUAAGACAUUUCCAGGUGGAAAUCUUUGUACAGCUUUAAGUAGUUGUCUCAGAUUCUCUGAAAACCAUUUUUUGGGUUUGUUGUUUUUGUUUUGUUUUGUUUUUUUUAGGCGGUGAAAUUUUUAUAUUUAAUUUCAGAUAUAUCCAAGUAGAUUUACAUGUAUAUGAAGCUAAUAUUUUUUAAACUUUUUGGUUUGUACAUAUGCUGCAUGUUUUUAUAAUUUCUAGGCAUACAACUUGCAUAGGUAUUUUUCAGCAAAGAGCAGGGCAAAUUAUGAGAGCAAUGUUUAGCCUAUAGGUCAUUGGAAGUAAGCUAGCAGCUGGUUUUAUUGUGGAAGAUAUGUUUCUUGAAGAAUGUAAUUUGUAAUUAAAAAAA